UCGGCUCUUUAUAUUGUCCAUCACAAAAACACAAAACAACAUUUAUAAUUAAUCACAAACAACAAAACACAAACAUUACAUUAAGAUCUUAAACACUCUUAUUUUUUGUGUUCUUUUGUUUUACUUCUUUCUGUUUCUAGUGUUUUUUUCUUUGUUUUUUAUCAGACUACUUGGGCAUUUUCAGCAACCAUAAUAUAACAAUUAUAACACAGCAGGUGAAUUAGGGGGAACAUAAAACCAAAACUAGCAUAAACAAGUGUUAUGGCUAGGGAUCAACUACAAGUCCUAAAUGCCUUAGAUGUGGCCAAGACACAAUGGUACCAUUUUACGGCUAUUGUUAUUGCAGGGAUGGGGUUUUUUACGGAUGCCUAUGAUUUAUUCUGUAUCUCCCUAGUGACAAAGCUCUUGGGACGGAUUUAUUUUCACGUGCCCGGUUCAGAAAAACCGGGCACGUUACCUCCUAGUUUCUCCUCAGCUAUCAACGGGGUAGCGUUGGUGGGGACGCUAGUUGGGCAACUCUUCUUUGGCUGGCUCGGCGACAAGUUGGGCCGAAAAAAGGUCUAUGGGCUGACACUUAUGCUUAUGUGUCUUAGCUCCUUGGGCGGGGGACUUUCCUUUGGCAAAGACCCAAAAUCUGUGAUGCUUACCCUUUGCUUUUUCCGAUUUUGGCUCGGAUUUGGGAUUGGUGGGGACUACCCACUUUCGGCCACCAUCAUGUCUGAGUAUGCUAAUAAGAAAACUCGUGGAGCGUUCAUUGCUGCGGUUUUUGCUAUGCAAGGGUUCGGAAUCCUCGGUGGAGGUAUAUUUGCAAUUUUCGUAUCGGCAGCAUUUGAUGCUAGGUUUCCAGCCCCAUCAUAUGCAGAGGACCCAAUAAGGUCUACAAUCCCUGAAGCAGACUAUGUCUGGAGGAUCAUAUUGAUGGUAGGAGCCAUUCCUGCUGCUAUGACAUACUAUUGGCGUAUGAAGAUGCCUGAGACAGCAAGGUACACCGCAUUGGUGGCUAAGAAUGCGGCGCAGGCAGCCAAUGAUAUGGGGAAGGUAUUACAACAAGAUAUCCAAGAAGAGCAACAUAAGGUGGAUAGGAUGAGGGCAGGGACUACUUGGGGUUUAUUCUCCAAAGAGUUUGCCAAGCGCCAUGGGCUACACUUAUUGGGUACUACUAGUACUUGGUUCUUACUUGACAUUGCAUUCUACAGUCAGAACCUUUUCCAAAAGGACAUUUUUAGCGCGGUGGGAUGGAUCCCACCUGCUAAAUCAAUGAACGCGAUCCAUGAGGUUUUUAAGAUUUCUCGAGCCCAAACUUUGAUCGCGCUAUGUAGUACUGUCCCUGGAUACUGGUUCACUGUUUUCCUCAUCGAUAGGAUAGGCCGGUUUACCAUUCAAAUACUAGGCUUUGCUAUGAUGACCAUUUUCAUGUUCGCCCUUGCACUCCCUUACAAUCAUUGGACUCAUCCGGACAACAGAAUUGGCUUUGUUGUCAUGUAUGCCUUAACCUUCUUCUUCGCUAACUUUGGUCCUAAUGCCACCACAUUUGUGGUUCCAGCCGAGAUCUUCCCUGCACGACUCAGAUCAACAUGUCAUGGAAUAUCUGCUGCCUCUGGUAAGGCGGGUGCCAUAAUUGGCGCAUUUGGGUUCUUGUACUUGGCUCAGAGCCCUGACCCUACAAAAACAGAUGAAGGUUACCCCCCAGGUAUUGGGGUGAAAAAAUCGCUUAUUGUUCUAGGCGUGGUCAACUUGUUAGGAUUGUUAUUCACUUUCUUGGUGCCUGAGGCAAAGGGAAGAUCUUUAGAGGAUAUGUCACAAGAAAAUGAAGAUGAUGGGCAAGAGGAAACAUCUGUGUAAGAACUAAGAAGUAAGACUUUCUCUAGUUAAGAGUUGGUUGGAUGUUUAUUGUGCUUUCUAGUUUUCCCAUCUUUCGUGCAAUACAUUGUUUUUCCUAAGUUAUGAUGAUUAGUUAAGUGGAUUGUAUGAGAAAUUAUUGUGUUCA